AUGAGCGCUCUGAUAUUACUAGUGCUGUCACCCAUGUCCAUGUUAGCGAUGGCAUCGCCACAGAGCGUGAACAACGUCACACUCUACGGUCCUGAACAACUAGACAGCCAAGUGUCAAAUGUUUUCUUGGGUUGUCUGAAUAACACCGGUGUUGAUUAUAAUAUCUACGUCGACGAUAUCGGGAUCACAGUGGUAGUGCCCACCGCAAACCGAGACGUAGACUUCGAUGGCGAAGAUCAAGGGCUUUUUCAGUGCAUCAUUGAUGUGAAUCUUCGUAUGCAGGUGGCUGCUGAAUCAACCGUGUACUCUCGCGACGAAAAUGAGAACACAGCACCCAGCAUAUCCAUCACCCAUGAGUGGUUGAUCGAGCAGGGUGCGCUCGGCAACACACCCAUUGGCGUGCGGCCUGCUAUGAAAUAUACGGCCUGA